AUGAUUAACAAGCACUUCUUUGAAACUCUGUUGGUGCUGCUGGCCUCUUUCACUCUCUUCUCUCUAGAACUGAAACUGGUUCUCUUCCAACAAGGAAACGUGAACAGAGAAAGUUUAAAACUUUUGAAUCAUUUGCAAACCUCAUCAAUUCAGCAGUGUCUACCACACAAGAAAAACUUCCUGCUUCCCCAGAAGGCUGUAAGUCCUCACCAGUACAAGGAAGGAUAUGCACUGACCAUUCUUCACGAGAUGCUUCAGCAGAUCUUCAAACUAUUUGGGGCAAAUAUUUCUCUGGAUGGUUGGGAGGAAAGCCAGGUGAAGAAGUUCCUCAUUGAACUUCAUCAACAACUAGAAUACCUAGAAACGUCCAUGGGACUGCAAGCAGAUCAGAAAAGUGGUACCGUAGGUAAUGAGAACCUUUGGUUACAAGUUAAAAUGUACUUCCAAAGGAUCUGUGAUUACCUGGAAAACCACAUAUACAGCAGCUGUGCCUGGACCAUUGUCCAAGUAGAAAUCAACUGGUGUCUCUCCUUUAUGUUCCGACUCACAGGAAAGCUGGGCAAGCAAAAUGGACCCUUGAACCAUGUGAAGCAAGAGUCAACUGCAGGCUUUAAAAGCAUAAGGUAG